AAAAAUGUCUUUGAAUAUCCAUUUCUUUGAGUGACUUAAACCAGAGUAUUAGUGUUAGUACAGAAUUGCCCAAUUUAAAAAAAAAAAAAGAAAAAGGUUCAAACAAAUGCUUUCAAUACUAGUUAUUAUGCCAAUCUGUACAAUCAUCAUUCCUCUUCUGUUUAUUAAGAUAAGAAUUUGAUUACAAGAAGUGUGAAAUAUCAACUUUCCAUAUCUUUAUAUAAUGAGGUCUGGUGGUGUAAUGCUUUUAUCUACCUGCCACAAACACACCUUAGCUCUCCUGUGUUGGCCUGUUUUAGCCCACCAUGUCUAUUGUCCUGACAGAGGAGUGUGUGAAGUGCUUCAAGUGCCAGGAACAGGUGUUGAGCAGAGAGAGAGGGAGGCCAGUGUGCUUUAGCCUGGGCCAGUCGCAACCUCCCAGUGCACUGAAUUGAGGAACUGCAGGUAGGCAACACCUACACACUAUACUCAUUUGGUUGUAUGAUUUAGUAAUAUAGUACAUUUUACUACCAUCUUAGCACUCAUAAAUGUGUUCUGAGUUUUGGGAAGCGUGUGUAAAAAUUAAAAGGCAAAUCCACGUCUCUGAUAUAUUUGAUCCUUCUAUCUCCGUGGAGGCAGAGGUCAGGAGGUUCUAAACCCUCUGAAGAUGUAUGGCCUGUAUCUGGAAGCAGUAAAUGACUACAUUAAUGAGUCCUAUGGGGAGGAUGUUUGGAGGCUUAUUGAGGCUCGGGCAGAGAUUCCUCACCUCAAGUUUGUACGCCACCAAAUGUACAAUGACAAUCUGAUCCUUCGUCUGGCUAAAGCAGCUGGAGAGGUUUUGGGAAAGACCCACGAUGAGCUGAUGUAUGCCUUCGGAGUCUAUAUGGUCAAACGAAUAGGAAACUAUGGCUAUGAAAGGAUUCUCAAGGUGUUGGGUCGUAAUGUGCGAGACUUCAUCAAUGAGCUGGAUAACUUGCACGAGUACUUCCGCUUCUCAUUUCCCAAAGUGCAACCGCCCAGCUUUUGUGUGGAAGAAGAGUGUGAGACGAGCCUGACACUACAUUAUCGCUCUACCAGAAAGGGUUUUACUCAGUUUGUCAAAGGGCAACUGUCUCAAGUGGGCCGUCAAUUUUACAACACAGACAUUGAGGUGGAGAUUUUGUCUAAAGAGGAAACAGAGAAAAUGACAUAUGUGGUGUACAAGAUGAACUUUGACAAUGCUGCAUUUAAGCACCGCAUGCCCCAGCAGAAAACAGCACCUGGUUAUGAAAAGCUCCCUAUGAAAAGGGGCAUCUUUUUUGACAUGUUCCCCUUUAGUGUAAUCUUCCGUAGAGACAUGACUAUGUACCGCAUCGGAGAUGGUCUGAAGGAAGUGUUCUCGGAUCUGCAGGGCAAAAAGGUCAACGAGGAGUUCACUCUGGUGCGACCCAUGUUGGAGUUUAGCUGGGACAAUAUCUACACUCACCUCAACAAUGUGUUUGAGCUGCUGUCAAAAGCAGUUGUAGAGAGCAAGCAGAAGGUCAACAUCCCUAAACUCAGCAAAGAAGAGCCUGAGGAGAAGGAGGAGAGUGAGAAGCCAAAGAAGGAAGAACGAGACGUCAAGGCAAUGGAUGAUAUGAAAGGAGCCGAUCAGGAGUACAGCAGUGCUUUGACCCAGUACAACAGCUCAGCAAACUCUGGAGGAGAAGACAUUGAACUUCUUGCUUUCCAGACCGUCACUGGUAAGUGCAGUGAAACUAUAUUUGAGGACAUGCGAGAACCACCUAAAAAGCCUCUUCAUCUGAAAGGCCAGAUGAAAUACGUGCCUCAAUGGGAUUCACUCAUCUUCCUUGGCACACCCAUUAUUGAGACAGUGGAGGACAUGAUUAAAAUGGGCGUUUAUGUCAAUGACCUUAACCUGCAUGAUUCAAGCAGAGAGCUCAUUCUGGCAGGAACUCAGCAAUCAGCCGAGCUGCAGCUGGCUCUAGACCAGGAGCAACAGAAAUAUGCUCAGCUGCAAGAGAUCAUUAAGAAACUGGACGAGGAGAAGAAGAGAGGCGACUCUCUGCUAUAUGCUAUGAUACCAAAGGCUGUGGCUGACCGACUGCGCAAAGGCAUCACAGCACUAGAGACCUGUCAAGUUUUCCCAGAUGUGACCAUCCUAUUCAGCGAUGUGGUCAAAUUUAAUGAAAUCUGUAUCCACAUUACACCCAUGCAGGUGGUGGAUAUGCUCAAUGAGAUCUACAUUGUUUUUGACACCCUCAGUGAGAAACACAAUGUGUAUAAGGUGGAGACCAUAAGAGAUGCAUACAUGGUGGUGGCUGGAGUGCCUAAUAAGACCACAUUUCAUGCUCACCAUAUCUGUGACAUGGCUCUUGAUAUGCUGAGUUCCAUCGAUCACCUCAAAGACCCCUCUACCGGGGAUAAUAUUCAGAUUCGUGUUGGAAUUCACUCUGGUAUGGUGGUGGCAGGGGUAGUGGGACUAAAGAUGCCACGCUACUGUCUGUUUGGAGACACGGUGAACACUGCCUCUCGAAUGGAGUCCAAUGGUGUGGGCAUGCAAAUCCACAUUAGUCAGACCACCAAGGACCAUUUGGAGCAUGAGCCAUAUAUCAUUGAAGAAAGGGGCAAGAUUUUUGUAAAGGGGAAGGGCUACAUGAAGACAUAUUGGCUGAAAGGGAAAAAGGACCUGUCCUUUAAAACCCCAGCUGAGCUUCGGUACAGCAGUGAGCAGAAAGAUUCUGAGGAUCGAAGCUCUAACGGUUCCACUUGUACCAAUACCAAGCACUCUAACUCCAACCUAAACAUACCCAACGAGGAGCAGGCAGAGGGGAAGCCCACCCCUACAGAUCUGCCCACUGACACAAUCCCACCAUUGGAGGGCACCACAGACUCCACUGUGGCCACUAAUGAAUCUCAGGACAAGGAGAAGGUUAAAAAGACAAAGAACAACAAAGGAGCAACAAAGGCAGAAAAUGCCUCAGCUAAUUCACAGGAGAGUUCACCCCCUGCUGGUAGCCAGAAGAAUGAAGGUCCAGUGCUCAAUAGCAAAAAGCACAGCUUCAGAAAUCAGUACGCACGGCUACCAGCCAACCUGCCAAUGCGCAGUGCAGCCUGCACCCUUCUGUGAGAUGCAAGCAAUCGUUCAUCCUAUAGCUUAAACCAGACUGAAUUCCUAAUAGCCCUGCUUCACUGACAGAAAUAUAUCUAGAACCAGCUUAACUCAAGUUCUGAAAUUCUUACAUUAUUAUUGUACAUUAAGAGAAGUAAAUUCCAGCACUUGAUGUGAGUUGAUUCUAUACAGCAGUGGGAGAAGGAGAACUGGCUUUUGGACAGAUUUAAACUGCAUUUAAAACCUGUUAGUUUAUCAUCCUUAACACUGCUGCCAUAGCAGGAUGUUAACCAGACAACAGAUUUCAGACAUAACUGA